CCUCAGGAAUCCCACACCUAGCUCUAAUCGCACGACUCCACAAACCUCGUUCGUCAUGGAGCAUUGGUGACAUUAUAUUCAAUUGCCUACCAAACACCCCGAAUUUACACACGUCUCCCCUCCAUCUCAUCCCCACCACGUCAAAAUGAAACCACUCCGCCCACCGCCCUCCGUCCUCCGCGCCCGCCUCCCACACCCUCACCACCUCCGAAACCAGCGCCGCACCUUCCUCCCAAACCCCUUCACCCACCCCUCCUCUCCGCUCGCCGCCGCACACGCAAAACCAGCCACCCUCACCGUGUCCCGCAUCCUACCCUACGCGCAUACCGACCUCUUCAACCUCAUCGCCGACGUGCCCAGCUACGCGCAGUUCCUGCCCUACUGCCAAAGCUCGACGGUUACGAAAUGGUCCGCCGAGGACGCGCACGGCAAGCGCUGGCCCAGCGAGGCAACACUGGUCGUCGGCUUCGGGGGCGUGCGGGAGGGGUUCCAGAGUAAGGUGUACUGCGUUGCUCCCGGCGCGGGGAAUACGGGCGUGGGGAUCGUGGAAGCGGUGUCGGGGAAGAGUAGGACACGGCUGGGGGCGGAGCUUAUUAGGCAUCAUUUGUGGGAUUCGACUUCAAAGACUACCCCAGAGGUGGUCGAGGGGGAUAGCGGGUUGUUGACGCAUCUUCUUACGAGGUGGACGUUAAGGCCGUUUAUGUUUAAGCCGCCGCCGGGGAAGGUUCCUGGAAGGUUGUUAGGAGUAUUUUGGGCGGAGUUUUAGACAUAGCAUGGAUUUUCAGAAAAGCAGAAUCAUAUAUCCUAUUUGCGUAGAUGAAGGGCCUGCAACUCUGCUAUAGGCACUUCUAUUACCAUUCAUCGUUGAAUCAAUCGAAUCAUCCACGGCGGAAGUUCACCUUGCACAGUCGUUCUC